AUGACGACGACCCCGGAGGCGUUGUGCUCUGCACUCAAGUCCAUCCCUGCCUUUACCCCUUCAAAAUGGAUGGAACAAUUGCAAGAACGCGCCCGACAGGUUUCAGGCCUCUCAUUCCUACAAGAUAACCUGGGAAAUGGUCUGGCUCUUGAGAUCUUCCGCUGCACGUGCCCUAGCAAGGCUGCCCUGAAACAUGCGCAGAACAUCGCCGAGCUUACGAUGAUCGAUGCUCUUACCCGGUUGAUGGGGUACUGUUACGCAGAUAUGAUCGACACCCACCUUGAUUCCAAGAACAUCCCCAGUCUUGCAGAACUCCAGGCGAACCCCGGAUUCGUCAAGGAGUUCCACGACAUGUUCCUCACGCGAGACUCCAUCAUAGAGCAGAUCGAGCAAGACACGACAGCGGACAAUUAUAACUACAGCGCGGGUCUGCUCUUUGUGGCAAACUAUUUCGACCACGAAGCGACGCCACGCCUGCACGAGCACAGCAAGAUCUGGGUCCAAGUCUUUGGAAAGAUUGCCAAGAACAACAUCGUGGCCGGCUGCACGAAAGUCGAAAGCGAUAAGCUGUUGUCCCUCGUGACCAUCCUGUCCCAGGCGCUGACCAUCUCGUACGCCCGGCGCGACAAAGAUGGCGAGGAGUCCUCAGGCCUCGAACGCCAGGAGAGAUUCUUCAACCCCUGGCUGGCUCGCUCUGCCUUCCCCAGGCUGAUUGUCAAUGACCCGCCGCGGAACUGGAAGAUGGAAAUGGAAAAGCCGUUCGGAUCUUGCUUCAUACCCGGCACCCAGAUCAUCACGCGCUCAGGCACGACUAACAUCGAGAACUUGGCUGAGCACGACAUGGUGCUGACAAGGUGUGGUGACUCUGGCGAGUGGGGAGUCGUGUCUGACGAAAGAGUCGAGAUACCCGUGGAGGCACCCCAUAUCCACGGCUUCAAGAACAACUCUUACGAGCCCGUGGUAAUCAGGAGCAUUUCGACCCAGAUCAUGGAGAACCUAACGCACGUCUACGGCGUCCAUCUCCGAGAGGGCCGUCGUAGCUACCAUGCCAACAACUACCUUGUAGCCGUCAACUACCCAGAGAUCACGAUGAAGAGCAUUUGCAAAAUGCUGAGGACCGUCCCCGUCGAGGACCAGACCAGAAUGAUGAUGGCCUUCGACGAUCCCGGUCCGUUCUUGGAACGCUUCGGCCAAUGGCGCCAUUCAGGGAACGUGCUGAAGCGCGAAACAUCGUUCAUGUCGAUGGAGAGGUCUGCCUGGCGGUCCGCCAUCUCUAAUAUGAAGAAUGAGAUCAGGUGGUGUAGGGAGAUGAAGAGUUGGGCUGGGGACGUCGUGUUUGAGCAUGGAACGCUGACCGUUGACCCACUGCUGCUGUCGGCACAGGGCGAUCUGUAUUACAGCGAAGACGCCGAGGGCCAGGAACUUCUUCCCGUCGGACACAUACACUACCUUGCCAUGGGCGGCGAGCUAGACGGACCCCCGUCUUAUGACGAAGCAUUUGCUGAGGGAAACCGGGGCCCGCCUGCGUACGCCAUGUACAUGGCAACAGAGGGUACGGCGAGAGCGCUACCAGAGGAAGCGCCGGCAGGGUCCCCUGGCGCGGACCAUGGCGGCGAGGAAGAUCCGCUGUUCCUCCCGCCCGACGAGACGAUGCCUUUGUUGGACCCGUUGCAAUUCAACAUGAUCUACGACGCAAAUCGAUACAAGAAGAACCAAGUCAUCCCCGGCGAUCCGAUGCCAUUUGGUCCUAUCAACCUGGCCGUCGGCCGUAAGAACCCCCAGGGUUUGUCGACGCGAGUGGCUCUUUUGCCCAACUUGGACAAGCUGUACGACAUCAUCACCAAAAAGCACGUUGACAGCUCGCUCGGCAAGCUAUCGAGCUUCUAUAACAGCGUACUGGCCUUGGAAGCCGACGGCCGCACCAAGGUCUCCAUUACCAUGACACCAAAUGGUCAGGAGCUGCUAAGGCGGUACCGCGACAAGCCAAAGGAAGAUGGGAAUGACGGCGACGAAGAGUACUCGCUGGAAUGGACGUUCAAGAACCUCCAGACCGACAUCAAGCUCGGUAUGCUCUUUGCCUCGAUUGAGUUGACGCUUGGCCCGGAUGGGAAGACUGCCAUGGGCACCAUCACCGAGUACAACUCUGACUCGGAGACGGGCGAAGGACAAAGGCACCUUUUCCUGUCCGAUCCUGGUCACAAAGCCACGAGAGUCGACAUUGACCAGCGGCUGCCAAACCAAGUCACACACCCAGGCAGCACGGUACCGGAGCCACCGAAACCUUUGCCCCCGGUCCGGCAGGGGCCUCUGGGGCCUUAUCAUACUACGGCGAUUGACUCGAUUCUAUACAACAAUGGAGAUGUGAGGCAUUUCCAAGGCAUUUACUUCUCAACGUAUGACCGAAAAGCUAACCAGAUGGCUGUACUUUAUCAGGUUGACAAGAAAGCCAAGACCGUCCUCGAAAACAUCAUGUACUUCCACAUGGAGGAAGACGACCUCAACAACAUCAUGGGCAAGCGGAAACCAGACGACCUUCCCGCCCACCUCGGCCCGAACCUCGAGAGCAAUCUUCGCAAUUGGAUCAGGAACACCUAUUCGCCCGCUUUCACUGCUCUCGCAGUUGCACAGAGCUACAACACCAAGGACUGGCAGUCCAGAUUCACAAACCAGGAGCGGAACAAGAUUUUGUACUUUUGGCAGGGCAAUGGCCCCAAGUGUCUGUCCAACGCGCAAGAGUACAAGGAGCUCAAUCAGCUCGCCGUUCGGGAGGCCAUGCUGCGCCUGUAUCCGGUCCUCGACCAAUUCAUCAAAGACGAUGGGCCAGGGUGGGCCACAAAAUACUACGAAGAGGUUAGGGUAAACAAGAUUGAUGCUAAGGAGGCAGUACUCGUCGGAAACAUACACGCCGAGACAGCUCUCAUGAACGACAAGGUCCGCAAGACGCCAUUCGGCUGGCGGCGCAAGGCACUCAUCAAGGAGAAGGUCAAGUAUUUUGAGAAGCUCGGCAAGGAAUCGCUCGAGGUGGAAAAGACUACGGCCAAGACGGGCCUCCUGUCACGCCUAAAGGGUAAGCUGAGUGUGUCGCCCAAGGUCAUCCGAAUCAUCGGCACCGUCAUCGCGAUUGCCUUCAUCGGGUUUCUGAUAUGGGACAUUGCCGUCCACGGGAAGAACAUGAGUUCGGUCCAGCUAGCGCUCGGCAUCAUCAACAUCAUCCUGAAGGUGGCUAUCGUGGUGGUGGAGAUUCUUGGGCUCAUCAUGCCGGCUGUUAGCAUCAUCCCAGUCAUUGGGCAGAUCCUCCUCAUCGCAGUCAUCAUAGUCGGCAUCUUUAUCACCAUAUUUGGCACGACGGAACACCAAAAAACGCCGGGGCGAGAAAUCACGUUCUCGGACGCGGCACCGACCCAAAAGGAUCAGGCGGCGUCUACCGACACCAUCAACAACGUCUCGCUGGGCUUCUUCGGCGGCUCCGACGACACCUGCCUGUUCACCAACACGGCCUUUGCCGGCGAGGGCGAGGCGGAGGCCGCGGGCGGCGGCACGUGGAGUUGCACAACGCUCCCUGGUGACGCGGGCGCGUGGGAUGUGGCGCUGCAGACGCCCCACGGCACCAGCCUGCGCUCGACCAACUUCUUUGUCCGUGUGAGGGACAAGGCCGGGGAGAAGGGCGCGGCGUUGGCGCUCGGCGAGAAGAUUGACAUUCUCAUCAAGGGGACCAUGGGCACCAAGGCCGGGACGUCGGUGGUCACGGUCGCUGAGCAGAGACCGGGGGUUUUGUAUGCCCCGUCGACUUUUGAGAUGACGAGGUUCUGA